GCCCGCGGGGGUCGUGACCCUGUCGCCCGGCCGGUCUCCGGCACUUCCGGCUCGGCGCGGUGACGCCGCGGGGUCGCGCCCCACGUGACUCCGCAUCCGGAAGCGGCGCGGAGUGGCCGCCGGUGCCGCCCCCGGUACCGCUCCCGUUCCCGUCAUGUGAAGCGGAGGGACGGGCUCCCGUAGGCCACGAUGGAGCCCACGGCCUCGCAGGUGUUCUGCGGGAGGGUGCUGGGCAUGGUUAACGCCGAGGACGUCAACGCCAUCAUCCUGGCCCAGAAAAACAUGUUGGAUCGGUUUGAGAAGACGAACGAGAUGCUGCUCAACUUCAACAACCUGUCCAGUGUCCGCAUGCAGCAGAUGAACGAGCGCUUCCUACACCACACCAGGACCCUGGUGGAGAUGAAGAAGGACCUGGACAGCAUCUUCCGGAGGAUCCGGACACUCAAAGGGAAGUUGGCAAAGCAGUACCCAGAGGCUUUCAGCAACAUCCACGAAUCCCCCAUCCUGGAGGACGAUGACGACUUUGACCCCGUCCCCAAGAGCACCACAACCACCAUCGCUACCUCUGAGCAGAGCACGGAGUCCUGUGACACCAGCCCCGACGUCAUCUCCCCCACCACCAGCCAGGAUUUUGAGGAUUUAUCCCAAGGCCAGUAUGACAGCCCAGCCAUGAAUGGACAGAGUCUCACAGAUGAGGACACGGCCAACGGCCUGGACUAGGAGCCCUGCCCCUGGAGAACUUUCUAUCCUGUAUUUAUAUUUGUGUGUUGCUUUUUUUUUUUUUUUUUUUUUUUCCUCGGGAAGAGGGAAGCAAAGGCUGGGAGAAGCUGAGGGAAAAGGGUGCUGCCCUUCUGCCCCCCACUCGCUUCAGGGGGAAUCAGUAAAUCCUGGAUUGGAAAUACCUCUUGUCCUCCCUCGUUCCUGAGCUCAGGAGAGCAGCUAAACUCCACCGUCCAUGUAGAAUUUUUUGUUGCAGAAAACCUGUUUUGGGGUACAGAUGUUUGUAUUUUGUGAGGAAUGUUGUCUCUGAGGCUCAGCAGCUCUGUCCCUGCUGCUGAUGGAUUGUGCUGGCUGAGUUUUGCACUGCUGGGAUGAGCCAGAGCCGUGUUUCCCUUUGGUUCUCACGUUCAGCCCCUCAUUUGGUGCUGAUGGUUGCUCCACAGGCAGCCUGCCGAGGGCAGGACCUGUCCAGAUCUUUCUUUUCCACCAGCAGUGCGGUGUGAUGGAGGAACUGCUUGGGUUUGGGCUCCUGCUGGCCUGGGAGGGGAUGAGAGGAGAGUAAGGGGAUGGAGGACUGGGUUUUGGGGCUGAUCCUGGAACUGGAGCUGUGGGACCCGUCAUGGGGAUGGUUCUGGGGCUGUGGGGUCCAUGGGGUCAGUGUGGCACUGGUCCUGGCACUUUGGGGCCGGUCGUGGGUGCAGUCCUGUGGCCGUGGGGUCAGUGUGGGGCCUGUCCCAGGGCCCUGUGGGCAGUGUCGGGUUUGGGGGGACGGUCCUUGGGGCCAUGGGGCCAUGCAGUCAGUGUUGGUCCGGUCCCAGGUCCGUGCAGACGCUCCCGUGCCGUGUCCCGGGGUGACGGUGUCACCCCGGCAGUGACAGGACAGAGCCGGUGUCAUCCCGGCAGUGAUGAG